CCACAUAUUUGGUACGGGUCGGCCGGACGUCGUCCAAUUGGAGCUCCGGCAACAGCAACCUCCAGCACCACCGUGCAUCUGACAAAAAAUAUUGCAAAUCUCCGCUACGAGCAGAUGGUGGAUUUCAAGGAGAAGGUGGUGACGGUGGCGGGCAGCGUGGAGGAGCUCACAGUGGAGGAGUGUAACCUGCUCUCCGUCGCGUACAAGAACGUGAUCGGCGCUCGGCGCGCCUCGUGGCACAUCAUCUCCUCCAUUGAGCAGAAGGAGGAGAUCCGUGGCAACGAGGACCAUGUGGCAUCAAUCAAGGAGUACAGAUCUAAGAUCGAAGCAGAACUGACAUCGAUCUGCAAAGGCAUCCUCAAUCUCCUCGAUUCUACUCUCAUCGACUCCGCUUCUUCCAGCGACUCUAAGAUCUUCUAUUUGAAAAUGAAGGGAGAUUAUCACCGCUACUUGGCUGAGUUCAAAACCGGAGCCGAUAGGAAAGAGGCUGCGGAGAACACUCUCUCCGCUUACAAAGCGGCUCAGGACAUUGUCGUUGCAGAACUAGCUCCCACGCAUCCAAUCAGACUUGGCUUGGCUCUCAACUUCUCUGUAUUCUACUACGAGAUCUUAAAUUCUCCUGAUCGCGCUUGUAAUCUGGCCAAACAGGCCUUUGAUGAAGCCAUUGUCGAGCUUGAUACUCUUGGAGAGGAGUCCUAUAAGGAUAGCACUCUCAUUAUGCAGCUCCUUCGUGUUAAUCUCACUCUGCUAACAACAAACUCCGAGCCGAGUAACAGCAAACAGCAACCUCCACCACCACAGUGCAUUUGCUAACAGCAAACUCCGAGCCAGAAUAACAGCAACGGCGCCGGCGACGCCGAUAAGAAUGGCAACUCCAAGAGCUCUGCUAAAGACAACGUCGUUGCAGACGAGCUGCCCAAGCGGAAAUUUAAGUAUAUUCCGGUAAUUUUCUGGCAAUUCAGUUUUAGUUCCAAACUCUACCUGUGUAUAGUGUGCCGCCAUGGCCGUGCUGCUCAAUUUUAGCAGAUGCACAGUGUGCCGCCAUGGCCGUGCUGCUCAAUUUAGAGGCAAAGAAAAACUAAGAAAUUGAACGCUUUUCAUCAGAUGCACGGUGGUGGUGGAGGUUGCUGUUGCCGGAGCUCGGCGGCAACACGUGGACCCACUUCUUCCUCCAUUCCUUUGGUGGUGGAGGUUGCUGUUGCAGGAGCAAUUCAACCAUUAAGGCGCAGGAACUCCUAGAAGCAACAAAAACUAAAAAAAAUAAACAAAAAACAAUUAUUAAUGCCAUGUCAUCAGCCUGGUCAGCAAUCAACCGGAAGAAAGGGAUG